UCUAAUAUCUAAUUCAGUGGCGAAAACAUACUAAUUCGAGCCUUCAUCCCAUAAAGAAGUGUAAUCCAUCAAUGACUCAUCAUGUAGGGAAAUGACAAAAACAUUUAAAGAGGGUUUGAAGGAUCAAAACCCAAAAAACGCAUCACACUCAAAUAGGUUGUAGUUGUCUGCUGAGCCCGAAGACGGACUGUCUUAUAGUUCUGUCUGCCGGGCCUCAUCGCUCUGCCUUUGCCACAGAUGACCUGAUUUUAUUGAGUUAUGAUUGGACAUUUCCGGAGGGGUGAUUUGUUGUUCUGGUCUGUUUCCUGGUGUUCAUGGAUUUGGAGUUGUAGUGCUAACAUUAACUGUGGCCCUCAACUCUUUUAGCGCUCCUUGGACACCCCAUGCUCCCAGGAGCCUCCUAUCAGCAGGAGUCCAACAAGCUGGGCCUCUCCACAGUGACCUACAUUAGUAUGGUAGUCGCUGGACCAAAAUACCAUAUCCAUUCCUUGCAUUCGCAUACAGCUGAGUUGGCUACAAGCCUGUGCCCCCACUCAAGUGAAUAGAGGCCCUGAUAUUCCCUUUUUAGUUUAUUAACAAAUCAAUUAGUUGGGCAAGUUAGGUGUUCACCAAUCUAGUACUUGUUUAAUCAUCAAAGAGAGUCUAGGUUAGAUUUUUCUGCUGUACUGAAGUGUGCAAAAGUGCAAUGUAAUCCAAAACUUCCUCAAAGUGAUGGUAACGUUUGCCUUUUCCCUUUUUUGCUUGCCUGGUCAGAUUGCUCUUUAACCCUGACAUCCAGUACUAAUGUCUUGAGUUGAUCUAUCAACAGUAUUCUUAUAGUUUCAAAUUCGUAACUUGCCCAAAAUGAGGUCUUUAGAGGAAAAGAAAGAAGAAAAGGAAGAAAAGGGGUGUGUCAUCCUGUGCACCUUGACACAGCUAGGCUAUGACGGCAGGCCUACACAAGUACUAUGCUCUGCAGAUUCUGGAGACGGUUAUCAAAACACGAUGGAAGAUUCUGCCCAGAAAUCAGUGUGAAGGAAUUAAAAAGUAUGUUGUUGGUCUGAUUAUCAAGACAUCGUCGGAUGCGACAAUGGUUGAGAAAGAAAAAGUGUACAUUGGAAAGCUGAACAUGAUUCUUGUUCAGAUCCUGAAGCAGGAGUGGCCCAAGCACUGGCCCACCUUCAUCAGUGACAUCGUGGGAGCAAGUCGCACCAGCGAGAGCCUCUGUCAGAACAACAUGAUCAUCCUGAAGCUGCUCAGCGAGGAGGUGUUUGACUUCUCCAGUGGACAGAUGACCCAGGUCAAGGCCAAGCACCUGAAAGACAGCAUGUGCAACGAAUUCUCCCAGAUAUUCCAGCUCUGCCAGUUUGUUAUGGAGAAUUCCCAGAAUGCACCAUUGGUCCACGCCACCCUAGAGACCUUGCUGAGGUUUCUAAACUGGAUCCCUCUGGGAUAUAUCUUUGAGACCAAACUCAUCAGCACACUUGUCUAUAAGUUCCUGAAUGUGCCCAUGUUCCGUAACGUGACGCUGAAGUGCUUGACGGAGAUUGCCGGGGUCAGCGUCAGUCAAUACGAGGAGCAGUUUGUCAACCUCUUCACGCUCACCAUGUGUCAACUCAAGCAGAUGCUGCCCCUGAACACCAAUAUCCGGCUGGCGUACUCCAACGGUAAAGACGAUGAGCAGAACUUCAUCCAGAACCUCAGCCUGUUCCUCUGCACCUUCCUGAAGGAGCACGGUCAGCUGGUGGAGAAGAGGCCCAACCUCCGGGAGACGCUCAUGGAGGCCCUCCAUUACAUGCUGUUGGUGUCAGAGGUGGAGGAGACGGAGAUCUUCAAGAUCUGCCUGGAGUACUGGAACCACCUGGCUGCCGAGCUGUACAGGGAGAGCCCAUUCUCCACCUCCACCUCCCCACUGCUCUCCGGGAGUCAACACUUUGACGUGCCCCCCCGUCGGCAGCUCUACCUCCCAGUGCUUUCUAAGGUGCGUCUCCUGAUGGUGAGCCGCAUGGCCAAGCCGGAGGAGGUGCUAGUGGUGGAGAACGACCAGGGGGAGGUGGUCCGUGAGUUCAUGAAGGACACGGACUCCAUCAACCUCUACAAGAACAUGAGGGAGACACUGGUCUAUCUGACCCAUUUGGACUACGCGGACACGGAGCGCAUCAUGACCGAGAAGCUGCACAACCAGGUGAACGGCACCGAGUGGUCCUGGAAGAACCUGAACACGCUGUGCUGGGCCAUCGGCUCCAUUAGCGGGGCCAUGCAUGAGGAGGACGAGAAGAGGUUCCUGGUGACUGUCAUCAAGGAUCUGCUGGGUCUCUGUGAACAAAAGAGGGGUAAAGACAACAAGGCCAUCAUCGCCUCCAACAUCAUGUACAUCGUGGGUCAGUACCCGCGCUUCCUCCGAGCCCACUGGAAGUUCCUCAAGACGGUGGUCAACAAGCUCUUUGAGUUCAUGCAUGAGACCCAUGAUGGCGUGCAGGACAUGGCCUGUGACACGUUCAUCAAGAUCGCCCAAAAGUGCCGACGCCAUUUUGUCCAGGUGCAGGUGGGCGAGGUGAUGCCCUUCAUCGACGAGAUCCUCAACAACAUCAACACCAUCAUCUGUGACCUGCAGCCCCAACAGGUUCACACGUUCUACGAGGCAGUGGGUUAUAUGAUCGGAGCCCAGACGGACCAGGCUGUACAGGAACACAUCAUAGAGAAGUACAUGCUGCUGCCCAACCAGGUGUGGGACAGCAUCAUCCAGCAGGCCACCAAGAACGUGGACAUUCUGAAGGAUCCGGAGACGGUGAAACAGCUGGGUAGUAUCCUGAAGACCAACGUCCGUGCCUGUAAGGCCGUAGGACACCCCUUCGUCAUUCAGCUCGGACGCAUUUACCUGGACAUGCUCAAUGUGUACAAGUGCCUCAGCGAGAACAUCUCCGCAGCCAUCCAGACCAACGGAGAGAUGGUGACGAAACAGCCCCUCAUCAGAAGUAUGAGGACUGUGAAACGAGAGACGCUCAAACUCAUCUCGGGCUGGGUCAGCCGAUCUAGCGACCCACAGAUGGUGGGGGAGAAUUUUGUUCCUCCGCUACUUGAUGCCGUUCUCAUCGACUACCAGCGCAACGUCCCCGCUGCCCGGGAGCCUGAGGUCCUCAGCACCAUGGCGACCAUCGUCAACAAGCUGGGCGGGCACAUUACCGGGGAGAUUCCGCAGAUCUUUGACGCUGUGUUUGAGUGCACGCUAAACAUGAUUAACAAAGACUUUGAGGAGUACCCGGAACACAGGACCCACUUCUUCUACCUGCUCCAGGCGGUCAACUCUCACUGUUUCCCAGCAUUCCUGGCCAUCCCUCCAGCCCAGUUCAAACUGGUGCUGGACUCCAUCAUCUGGGCCUUCAAACACACCAUGAGGAAUGUGGCGGACACUGGUCUUCAGAUCCUGUACACUCUGCUGCAGAACGUUGCUCAGGAAGAAGGGGCGGCACAGAGCUUUUACCAGACAUACUUCUGUGACAUCCUGCAGCACAUCUUCUCUGUGGUCACAGACACAUCACACACAGCUGGCUUGACGAUGCAUGCCUCCAUCCUGACCUACAUGUUCAACCUGGUGGAGGAGGGGAAGAUCAACACCCAGCUCAACCCCACCAGCCACGUCAACAACCAGGUGUUCAUCCAGGAGUAUGUGGCCAACCUCCUCAAGACGGCCUUCCCUCAUCUGCAGGAUGCUCAGGUCAAGGUGUUUGUAACAGGCCUGUUCAGUCUUAACCAGGAUAUUCCAGCCUUCAAGGAGCACCUCAGGGACUUCCUGGUACAGAUUAAGGAGUUUGCCGGUGAGGACACCACUGACCUGUUCCUAGAGGAGCGAGAGGCGUCGCUGCGUCAGGCGCAGGAGGAGAAACACAAGCUGCAGAUGUCCGUUCCUGGUAUCCUCAACCCGCACGAGAUCCCUGAGGAAAUGUGUGACUGAGACCCCUGUGACAUUACUGUACAUAAACGCAUCCAAACCAACAAACAAAAAAAACAAGAAGGAGAAAGGAGGUCAGGGGGUUGGCCUGCCAGGAGUUUCAGGCUCCUCCCUCUCCUGCCAGUCCUUGUCCUCCAGGAGUUUGCCGUCGACAAACCAUGCCAACGUGUAAAUGUACCACUCUUUUUACAUAGCACCUACGCUACGUUUUUCUAUGGAGACUUUUGUGUAAUCUUUCCACUGUUUCCCCUGAGCUUCAGGCUUUGUUCGUUUGGUCUGGACCCUGACAGCUGCAUGAAAGGAUGUUAUGAGGAUGUGUGGAUUAAUUAGGCUCGGGUUCAAUCCGAUUGCGGGUUAUUGGCGUUGCUUCUUUUUAAGGCAUUUUUUUUUUAAUAUUUUGCCCAACAUGCGCUGUGAACAAUGGAAAAACCCAGCGCCUGUCCCUGCCAUUGGAUUGCAUACUGGCUGGUUACUCUUAUUUGGAAUCGUUUGUUUCCUUCCCUCCUUGUUUUAACCCUCAAACUUACCCUUUGUAUAUAUAUAUAUUAUAUAUUCACAGUGAGUCAGGGUGAGGUUUUUUUUGUUUGUUAAAGCCGUGUGUCAAAAAGUCAUCAGUAAAAAGGUUUUAGAACCAAUGGACAAAUGGGAAGUAAUUAAAUGGUGUUCUAGAAGUCUGUGUGUGUUGCAAUGCAUUGUGGUUAGAAUGUGAAGCCAGCGUACUAUGAAUGAAGGUCUGAGUCGCUGGUGCUUCUUAUGUUAGGUGGUCAGGGUAGCGUCCGUGCUCACUGGUUGAAUUUUCGCCCAACUAAAAGAAACCUGUGAUUGGUCGGCUGUGACGGGAGGCGGAACCUAGGAAUACAGGAAGGAGCACGAGAGUAUGUGCAUAUCAUCCCAAUUGUAUAGCCUCUUUAUUACCAUGGGAACAUUGUUUAUUUUUUUUUCUGUGGGUGUGUUGAGUGUGUGCUGUCGCCUUGACGACACGGGGCGUUUAGUUUUCCUCUGCGAGGAUCGUUGCUCCAUGGUGAGCGCGUCAAAAAAAUGGACGUUUAACGGAAAGAAGAAGCGGUUAUUGAAAUAUAUUUAUGGGUUCAAGUUCACGAUGGCUGCAUCUUUAUAACAUACUCCUGUUUAACUUUACUCAGAUGGCUUUGGAGGUUUUGAAUUAACUAAUUUACAUUGUUUACCAUUGUAGUAGUGAUUCAGCACUACGUAGAUGAGCAAAAUAAAAAGAUAAAACUCGGUUUACAUUUAAUUUUGUAUUUUUGCAUUUUAAUUUUUAUCUUAAAAAAUGUCUUCUAUCCAAAUAAAACAAAUGGUGUUUAUUCCAGAGAGCAAAACUAUGUAAUUGCCAGUAAUUUUAAUUAGUCAAAGAAUGUAUAAAUCCAAAUACCAACUCAGUCUCAAAUGGCAAAUAAUUCCCUUUCUUUUAAGUGUUAAAUUUGUUGUGAAACAUUUUGAACUGAAUAAAGUUGAGAAUUUUACAACCAA